AUGAGUAAAGAAGAAACAAAAAAAUUAUUCAAACAAUUUGAUAAUGGUAAUGGUCAUUUAUCAUUAGCAGAAAUUGAACGCGCUGUUAUUUAUUUUUACCCACAAUUUGGUACGAAUAAAAAAGCAAUCUUACGAGCAUAUAAAGCAGCUGAUACUAGUGGAAAUGGUUUGGUUGAAUUAAAAGAGUUUGAUAAAAUUGUUCAAUUACUUAAACAAUAUGAUGAAAUAAGCAAAAUAUUCGAAGAAUUAGAUACAAACGAUGAUCAUCGUAUUAAUUUUCAAGAAUUUCAAAAAGGUUUCAAUUUAUUAGGUGAAAAUAGUCUAGAUGAAGAUAGUUUAAAACAAGAAUUUGAUACUAUUGAUUCAAAUGAUGGAAAUUCUAUUCUAUUUGAUGAAGUAAAAUAUCGUGAAAAAAAUAUUAAAUAA